ACAACCGAUAAGCUGCGACGCCAUCUGGCUGAAGCCAUCGCCCGAUGCUGCAACUGGGGAAACAACCGCAUAGCUUUCGGGAAAGAGCGAGCGGUGGCUCCUCUAGUGAGGUACCUGAAGUCCAAAGAUGAGAACGUACACCGCUCCACAGCCCGGGCCUUGUUCCAGUUGUCUAAGAAUCCUGAGAACUGUAUCACCAUGCAUGAGGCGGGCGUUGUCAAG